ACUUUUGGCUAGAGUUUUUUCAGUUCCUACUUUUCAAACUAACUAAAGACUUUCAGUCUCUCACGCAUCUCAAAAAAAAAGAUAACACAGUACAAUGUCCAAAUUCGUUGGUGUCACGGAACUUCCUCCAGAUCCUCUUUUCGGUCUUAAGGCCAGAUACAAUGCUGACUCUCGUUCCGAUAAGGUCGAUUUAGGUAUUGGUGCUUAUAGAGACAACAACGGGAAACCAUGGAUCUUGCCAGCUGUCAAGCAAGCUGAACAAAAGUUGAUUACUUCCCACGAUUACAACCACGAAUACUUGUCCAUUAGUGGAUUUGAACCAUUCUUCAAUGCCGCCGCCAAGGUCAUUUUAGGUGGUGAUUCCUUGGCUAUUGCCGAAAAAAGAGUUGUUUCCCAACAAUCUUUAUCUGGUACCGGUGCCUUACAUUUAGCUGGUGUUUUCAUUAAGCAAUUCUACAAUGGUAACCACACUAUUUACUUGUCACAACCAACCUGGGCCAACCACAAACAAAUUUUCGAAUAUAUCGGAUUCAAGGUUGCUAGUUACCCAUACUGGGAUAAUGAAACCAAGUCUUUAGACUUGAAGGGUUACUUGGCUGCAAUUGAAGAUGCUGCCCCUGGUUCCAUCUUUGUUUUGCAUGCAUGUGCCCAUAAUCCAACUGGAUUGGAUCCAAAUGAAGCUCAAUGGGACCAAAUCUUGAAGGCCUUGGAAAAAAAGCAACAUUUGGUUCUUUUUGACCUGGCUUAUCAAGGAUUUGCCAGUGGUGAUUUGAACAAGGAUGCACAUGCCAUUAGACACGCUAUAAAUAACAGAAUUAUAACGUCUCCAAUUGUCAUUUGUCAAUCGUUUGCCAAGAACUGUGGUAUGUACGGUGAACGUGUUGGGGCCAUUCACAUUAUUGCCACUUCGCAACCAAAUGAUGCCUUGAAUAGAGCCAUCAAGUCACAAUUGAAUAGAAUCAUCCGUUCGGAACUCUCCAACCCUCCUGCCUAUGGAUCCAAGAUUGUCGCUAAGAUUUUGAGCGAUCCCCAACUCUACGCUCAAUGGGAACAAGAUUUAAUCACUAUGUCUUCGCGUAUUCACCAAAUGAGAGCUGCUCUCCGAGGUAAAUUGGAAGAAUUGGGCACUCCAGGAACUUGGGACCAUAUUACUAGUCAAACUGGUAUGUUUUCAUUUACUGGUUUGAACAAGGAGAUGGUUGACAGAUUAGAACAAGUUCAUGGGGUUUACAUGGUUAGCAGUGGAAGAGCCAGUGUCGCUGGUUUAAAUGAGGGCAACGUUGAUCGUGUCGCCAAGGCUAUCGAUGAAGUGGUGAGAUAUCACAGCAAGAGUAAGUUGUAAGAUUUCUCCAAAACGAUUAUAUUAUGACUUUGAAAAUCUUUAUAAUAGUUUUUUUUUUAUUGUUCAAUAGACUGAUCUUUAGUGUU